AUGUCAAAUUUUGAUGCAGAGAUCUUUGCUAUUUCGAUAGCCCUGGAAAACCUUAAGAAUAAGAUCAGUUACUUCACUAAAGCAGUAAUCCUUGUCGACUCUAAGGCAGCUAUCCAGGCAGUUGCCAUAAACCAUGAUUCAGAUACUCAGACUAUUUCAGAAAUUAGAGAUAAUUUGAUUUUUCUCGAGAAUGCCAGCAAAAUUAUUAUGUUCCAGUGGAUCCCUUCGCAUGUGGGAAUCAAUGGCAAUGGAAAGGCAGAUCAACUAGCCAAGAAAGGGACACUCGAACCACAAUGUAAUAAACCGAUCCCACCAGACUCCCUUAAAAAACAAUUUUCCGAGAAACUUAUGACCGACCUAAAGCUCAACCAAGCAGUAAAAUCCUAUGGAAAACCCUGGGCUAACAUCUAA